AUGUCUUCACGUUUUAUUUUAUUUGCCGGCGUUGCCUUAACAAGUCAAAGGUCAUUGAUGCGAUACGUGAGAUAUUACGACGAUGAUGAUGAUUUUCAAAUGUUCACCUCCGGCACACAAAUAACCAUAACCAUGUUCAUGUCCUUAAAGCUAAUUGUUGAAAUAAACAGUCACGUGGCUUUAUUUCGCGAUCUUCUAAUACACGUGGGCCAAGCGAAAGACUGUCCAGAACUGCGAGAAAAAAUACGAAAACUACGAAGAACAUGCGUUGAGGCUUUCAAACACACGGAACAGAUCCUAAUGCCACAAGUAAAAAAUGCCACUGCCGAUGGCGUUCUGACCGACAAUCCACAUCUUGUGCUGUUAUUUUAUAUGGCUCAACUGUUCUUACGCGAAUUAGUGAAGAGCUAUCGUCUGAUACAAGUGGUGCCAAUGGAUAUGUCAGGAUAUUAUGAAAAUCGCGCGGGUCCCUCGAACCUCGGCAAUGUCAUUAGCCAAAUAUUACUGUGCAAACAAAUAACACCGGAUUUCAAUCAAGAAGAGCUGUGUAGCAUUACAAAGGAUUCACAGGAUAUCGCAUUGUUACUAUCGGAAAUGCAAGAGUUCAUGCCAAAACAUGAAACAUAUCUGGAACGCCACACUGCACUGGAUACCAAUGGUCCUUGGGCAAAUAAAGGACGCCACAAUUACAUCUGCAAAAAUAUGAGUUUACUUUGUUGUGUCUCUCGACCAAAUUAUCUCUGAAAGUAAAUUGUAAGCCAUCAUCAGUACCAGUAGCAUCACCACAAUCAGCCACAAUGACCAUCCUCAUUAUCAUCAUCAUCAUCAUCAUCAUUUCACCCAAAAAAAAACAAAAAACCAAACAAAAAAAAAGGAAUCAAGUCAACAAGAAAUGCAUAGUAAGGACAAAAAAGGUUAACUGAAAAAUUCAAAAAACAAAAUAGAACAAAGAAACAACUUAUUUAAGAGGCAACACUCGUUUCUCUAUGUACAUAUGUACGUACGUACAUAAAUAUUUAUUUGGUUUUCUUUUACAAUUGUUACACAUUACCACCCUGAAAGUAAUCAAAAUAAAAAUAUAUAUACACAUAUAUAUUUUUUUCAAAGUAAUUUAAGAACAAACAACCGAACAAAAAUGCACCAAUUAGAAUUUUAGAAGAAAGAAAAAUGAAACCCAGAAAUAAAAAAGAAAAGAACAAAAAAUCGGAAACAUAAGAUGGAAACAUGAAAUCUUGAAAUGUUAACAAACACAUCAAUUAUUAUAGAGACUUAAGUAUAGAAUUUAGUCAAGAAUAAACACAUAAUACAUACAUAGUUAUUUACAUAUAUACAUACAUACAUAUUUAUUUAUGUAUACAUUGUAACACCAUCUUAUAUAAAUAUACACUUAAUUAGAAUAUUUGAAAGGUAGGAAAUAAAU